AUGUUUCAGCUGUCGGGUGAGGACCCAAUCGACCAGCACCAAGGGCCGCCUGACUCGGAUGAGGACAUGUCUGACUCGGAUGAGGACCCAACCGACCAGCACGAAGGGACGUCUCACUCUGACCAGGAACCGCCUCGUAUAGAUCCACUACACCAAGAGCUCUCGCCAGACGAAGUGAUCGCAUUAAUAUCCGCCUCAUUCCCUGGUCUCUCCCCAGCAUCGCCGGACAUUGCAGAGCUGUUGAGAUCUAUCAAAACGCACAUGCAGACUGUGCCACCUCUGCACAUCCCUGAGAUCCUGGAGUCGCCGUCCACAUGGCCCGCUACAAAUGCCAUCGUCGACGCCCUCUGGGCAGAGGCGUCACAUGAUGAAUGCAGAAUCACCUUACCGUCGACCCCUACAGUAGGACUAGAUAUGCGCCCGGAUUACCUGGUGAAGCCGUUCGGGUCGCCGGAAGACCCGCUGAUGGUCAUGAGCUCUUACCCGACAAGCGACCCGACAAGCGACCCGACAAGUUCACUUCACAUGUCGUAUGGGACACUGAACGACAUGUCCAACAAGUCCAUCGCUGUGCUAUUGAUCAAACUCGGAUACAACGUCGCCAAUGUUCGCACAACCGGCGUGUUCAUGGUGGACGUCUUCUCCCGACGCCUCGACAGAAAGCGGAUGAUUGGUCUCUCUGAAAAGGUCCUCGACAGCGUACCCAGCCAGCUUCGCCUUUAUUGGCAGACUUUCGCGUUUAUCUGUCUCGACAAGUCCACCGCUCCAGUUCUCUUGUUAGCAGGAGGGACAGCGUUCCGGGACUAUUGCCAGUAUCUAAAAGAGCGAGGCAGGACAGCAAAGGUCCUAUAUUUGUCCGGCACCCAACGCUACAAAGCAGAAAUCCCGGCAGCAAUGCUAGAGUACUACGACAACAGCCCAACUACAGUUCGUCGUAUCGCCAUCAUCACGUUCCACCCCGAGCGCUUCGCAAGAGAAAAGAGUAAUACAAAGUCAAGCCGAGACGACGACAUCGCGAUCCGCGAACGCCUAAUUGAUUAUGCCCUAAUCAUUCUAUACGGGCAGCCCAACGUCCAGGGCUUCCUCUCCACAUGCGCAUACCACUUCAACCUCCGUUCAGGAGCGCUCGUACGGAAGGACAUCAUCGCCAAAGGAGGGAGCGCUCUGUCCUCAUAUCUCAAGCUACCUCUAACGCUUAAGGAUCCGCUGGACACAUUCCGUACCGCCAUGAAGACGAUUAAGAUGCCAUUGUCCAAAGACGCCAUUGCGAGGAUAAGUGUGCUCGCCAUGGAUGCCGAUAAGGCACUCGAUUGGCUCGACCGCCCAGAACUCCAAGCCAUCUAUGGGCCCUACGUCGCAACCUACAAGGCGUCUGUAAUACAGACAGAGGAUAUGAGAGUAAGGCGGGGUCUGAAGCAGGUAGAGAAAGUCGAAGGCAGGCACAAGAGUGAAGAUCAGCGUAAGAGUCUAAGAAAGGCUUUGGACGACGAAUUUGGACCCCCAGCUAAGCGGCACCAGAGCGUUUUCGAGCAAGACCAACGGCGACGACUAUAUACUCAGAAGUUCUAG